GAAGUGCACGGCAAUGGCUUUAGUAGCUUCAUCUUCAUCGUUUUUCUCUGCCCUCACUCAUUCGCAUAUUCCUCCAUGGGGUGACAGAAACAAAAGGAGGUCCAAUUUUCUGAGGAUCAUCCCUCGCUCUUGUCUCGACGACAGUUCCUCUCUGUCCCAAGCAGCUCAAUACACUGUGGAUACAUACGUAAAAAGUGGCAUGAUUGUAGGAUUGGGGUCUGGUCAGGCUUCUGGUUUGGCCAUUAGGCAUUUGGGCCGGCAACUUCAUACUGGUGCUUUAAAGGAUGUAGUAGGGAUCCCUAUGUCUGUCACAAGUGCAAGUGAGGCAGCGAAGGCAGGAAUUCCACUGGAUAGCUACCAAGAGGGUUCUCAAAUUGAUUUUGCAUUUGAUGAUGCUGAUGUUAUAGAAGAAGGAUCACUAAUUGCUGUCAUUGGACGCCGUAAAUUGCAUGGUGAGGAAUCUGUACUAGAAAAGAAGUCCAUACUAAAUGCUUCCAAUAAACUUGCAUUCAUUAUUGAAGAAAACCAGUACAAAGGUGGUCUGGAGGGUUCUAUUCCUGUUUUAGUUCAGUCUUUAGACUGGUUGGAAACUGCUGAAGAGAUUGAUGAUAUGUUCUUGGGCGAUGCUGAGGUCUGGAGAAGACCAUCUAUAGGGCAAGCUGGGCCCCUUGGAGGUGACUUCCCACUAGUCACCAAAGAAGGACAUAAUUUGCUCGAUGUUAUUUUUACAUCUCCAAUUGAAAGCCUCGCUAAAGUGGCAGAAAACCUCGAUACAAUUAAGGGUGUUGCAGGGCAUGGAAUCAUUUCAAAAUUUCCGUGCACAGUGGUAAUUGCCUCCCAGGAUGGGCUCAAUGUGGUGGAUAAAUUGACAGAAAAGGUAGUGGGAUGAGAAUUUGGAUCAGAGUGAUUCAUGAAGUAAACGGAGAGAUAAAGAGGUGGGUCCUAUUUUUGUAAAUUCACUUUUAGAACCAUUCCCUCUCUAUUUUCAUUUUUUCCCCCUUCAUUUGGCCUAAAAGUGAGUUUAGAUUAUCAAUAUUUAGUUAGUUAUAAUAUCAUAUUAUGUAAUAUAGAUCUGUGGCAGCGCAUUUUGUUUUUCUUUGUUUUUUUUUCCCUUUUGGUUUCUUGUCUGCCUCUGCAAGUGAGAUAAAUAGGCAAUAAAGUAUAGUGCAGUUAACAUAAGAAUUUGGUUUA